AUGUUACAUUCAACAAUCCUGCUCGUCCUUCUGAUUAAUGUACCGCUCGGUUUUACCCAGAAAGUUCAAGAGGGCACACAGCUAAGUGCAAGGGAGAAAUCGAUCGCAAGAUAUUCGGCCAGCGUGUUGGGAUGGUUACCCGAGUCUGCGAUACGACGGAUCAAGCCUAUACCUCCUUCAGCAGUAUGUAAGAACGAGUCGGACAAUGGCCGCAACUACUUUGACCGAUGCAACUGGUGUCACUGCGCUGAUAUCGGGGAGGCGUACUGUACCCGGAAGGCGUGUCCGAUUCGACCUGCCGUGCUGCCACGAAUCCGACCGUUACCGGCUGCCGUUAUGUGCACCAAGGAGAACGCAGGAAAGUCUUACAAUGAUGGCUGUAACAUGUGCAUCUGCCCAACCGGCAAGGCCAGUGAAUACGCAGCGUGCACCCGGCGUGCCUGUCCCCCUGUGCUACCAUUCAAAGAUAUCGUUGUGUCCACAACCGAGGCGACUUGUCGUGACCAUUCAAACGGGACAGUGUUUUAUGAAACCGAAUGCAAACUCUGCAUCUGCACGGGAUUGGAAACAUCAUGGUGUUACGACCAAGAGCGCCCAGGCUGCCAGCGCCCAGUGAUGAACAAGUUUCAGGAACGUGCCCGUGCGCGUGUUUUGUCAGGCCGCACUAGAUCACGCGACGAUAAAGGAGACGCACCGACUGCUAUCCCGAGGGUCACCGAAAGGACCGCUUGUCUGAGUUCUUCUGACAAGGGCAGGACGUACUUCGACGGCUGCAACUGGUGCCAGUGCAUUGGUGUCCAUCGAUCGCUGUGUACCUGGAGAAGCUGCAAAAGGAAGCAUAGGAAUUAA